AUGAAAGAGGAUACUGUGAUGACGGGCAUUGCGAAAAGCUGCCAAUCGAGGGAUGACGGACCGUACGCGGUAAUGGAGAUUGUUGCAUAUUGCGGAGAUCAAAUGAGGACAUCUGCGGACGACGAAGUCCACUUUGUCAACAUGUUUCCUGGAGGUGAGAUGUGGGCGGGCGUGGUCCCGUGGCCCGCCCCUCUCGUUCCUCCCGUACUCCUCUAUCUAACCGAACUCGAGUGA